AUGCCCAGGCCAUCGAGGGACUCUUACGGCGACCAAAAGCCUCCCUAUUCCUACAUAUCGUUAACAGCAAUGGCCAUAUGGAAUUCCCCGGAAAAAAUGCUACCCCUAUCGGAAAUCUACAAGUUCAUCACCGACAGGUUCCCGUACUACAGGAAAAACACCCAAAGGUGGCAGAACUCCCUGCGGCACAAUCUAUCCUUCAACGAUUGCUUCAUAAAAAUCCCCCGACAGCCGGACCGGCCGGGCAAAGGGGCCUACUGGGCCCUCCACCCGGCCGCCUUCGACAUGUUCGUCAACGGCUCGCUCCUGCGGCGCCGGAAGCGCUUUAAACUCCUCAAAAGCGACAAGGAGAUAUUGGAGAGCGAACUGGCGGCGUUGACCAACAUCAACCGGAUAUUCUUCGCGCCGCCGACCCCCGAAGGGCCGCCGCCAGGGCAGGCGGCAGCGGCGGCGGCGGCGCCGCAUCCGUCGCCGCCGGGCGCCGCCAAGCUGCCGGACGCGGCGGUGACGUGCAUCCGGCCGAAGCGCAGCUUCACCAUCGAGAGCCUGAUAUCGCCGGACAAGCCGGCGCCGGUCGCGCCCGGCCCGACGCUGCACGCGGUGCCCCACGUCCAUCCGUGGAUGCUGACGACGUCCUGCUACGAUUUGGCGUUCGCGAACCCCAUGGCGCUGAUGCAGCCGGCGGCCGCUCACUACGAGGCCUACGGGCUGGCGUCGGCCGAGGAGUUGUUCAGGGUUUCGCAGUUGAUAUUGAGGAUAUUGAGGAUAUUGAGGAUAUUGAGGAUAUUGAGGAUAUUGAGGAUAUUGAGGAUAUUGAGGAUAUUGAGGAUAUUGAGGAUAUUGAGGAUAUUGAGGAUAUUGAGGAUAUUGAGGAUAUUGAGGAUAUUGAGGAUAUUGAGGAUAUUGAGGAUAUUGAGGAUAUUGAGGAUAUUGAGGAUAUUGAGGAUAUUGAGGAUAUUGAGGAUAUUGAGGAUAUUGAGGAUAUUGAGGAUAUUGAGGAUAUUGAGGAUAUUGAGGAUAUUGAGGAUAUUGAGGAUAUUGAGGAUAUUGAGGAUAUUGAGGAUAUUGAGGAUAUUGAGGAUAUUGAGAAUAUUGAGAAUAUUGAGGAUAUUGAGGAAAUUGAGAAUAUUAAGGGUAUUGAAGGUAUUGGGCAAGGUUUCGAGAAUAUUGAGAAUAUUGAAAGGUUAA